AACUUCAGGAUGUCCCUUGGAAGAGAUAUGGAGCUGGAGCAUUUUGAUGAGCGUGAUAAAGCGCAGCGAUAUGGCAGAGGGUCUCGGGUAAAUGGUUUGCCCAGCCCUACUCACAGUGCCCACUGCAGCUUUUACCGAACCCGCACUCUACAGACCCUGAGUUCUGAGAAAAAAGCCAAGAAAGUUCGUUUCUAUCGUAAUGGAGACCGGUAUUUCAAAGGGAUUGUAUAUGCCAUCUCUCCUGACCGGUUCAGGUCCUUUGAAGCUCUCCUGGCUGAUCUGACCCGAACUCUGUCCGACAAUGUGAAUCUGCCCCAGGGAGUGAGAACAAUCUACACAAUUGAUGGCUCCAAGAAAAUUUCCUCCUUGGACCAGCUAGUAGAAGGGGAAAGCUAUGUAUGUGGUUCCAUAGAACCCUUCAAGAAACUGGAGUACACAAAGAAUGUAAACCCCAACUGGUCUGUGAAUGUUAAGACGACUUCUUCGUCUCGUUCAGUGCCAUCUCUUGCCACUGCUAAAGGAGGUACUCCAGAUGCAAAAGAGAAUAAGGAUUUCAUUAGGCCUAAACUAGUCACUAUCAUCAGGAGCGGAGUGAAGCCACGUAAAGCAGUCCGGAUUCUGCUCAACAAGAAGACAGCACAUUCAUUUGAACAGGUUCUUACUGAUAUAACUGAUGCCAUCAAGCUGGAUUCAGGGGUGGUUAAACGCUUAUACACACUAGAUGGAAAACAG